CGCAGAGUAGACACAACUGUGCUACCGCUUCUAUUUCUCGGACUAUUAGUUUUCCAGCUUGAUCGAAUGAACAUUGCGAGUGCCUUGACUGGUGGAUUUGCAGCCGACAUUGGCGUCACUCAGUCGACAAUUAACCUAGGCAACCAACUUAUGUUCAUGGGUAUUGUUGUCUUCGAGAUUCCCUGCAAUAUGGCUCUCCAGCGUAUUGGUCCACGGAAAUGGAUAUCAGCACAAGUACUGGUAUUCGGAUUUAUCGCGAUCAUGCAAGUUUUUAUAAAGAAUCGAGGGGGGUUCCUCGCCACCCGCCUCCUUCUUGGAUUUGCAGAGGCUGGAUAUAUUCCGGGAGCCUGUUAUACAUUAUCGACUUGGUAUACCAAGCGGGAGCUUGCAAAGAGGGUGGCCAUCUUUUUCUUCGGAAUGUUUGGCGGCAAUGCGAUUAGUCCUCUGCUUGCCUCGGGCAUUCUGCAGCUGGAUGGGCAUCGUGGUCUUCGUGGAUGGCAGUGGUUGUUUUUACUUGAGGGUCUGUUUACAAUCUCGGUUUCUUUCAUUCUCUUGCUUUUCCUACCUGGAUCGCCGUCACGUCCAAAACCUCUUUUUGGCCAGGGGUUGAUUAAAUUUACGGACAUGGACUCGAAUCUUUUGCGGCGGCGCCUCGAACUAGAUGGCGGGGAGGAUUUAGAUGAGCAAGGACUCAAGAAGAUUCCUCUAGCAGUCAUUUGGAGCACAGUGACCCAUUAUCGCCGCUGGCCGCAUUUCGUUUCAACAUUUGUGGUAUUCUCCACAUGGAGUCCCUUAACCACCUACACCCCUUCUAUCAUUAUGUCGCUGGGCUUUGAUAGAACCAGGGCAAACGCUCUGGCUGCCGUGGGUGCAUUUAUCGCACUUGCUGUUGUUUUUCUAUUCGCAUUCAUCAGCGAUCGAACCAACCAACGAGGUGCUUCCGUAAUUGCUGCUCAGACGUGCUAUUUGAUCACUCUCAUAGUAGCCCAUCAACUUCAGCCUCAUGUUGGAAAGUGGUCAAGGUGGGGUUUGUGGACGGCUGUCAACAGUUUCGCAGUUGGCUAUCAUCCUAUUCACAACUCAUGGGUUCAGCUUAAUUGCACAGACCCCAGAGAGAAGAGUAUAAGUAUUGCCAUGUGGGUGAUGUCCGCUAUUAGUGGCCUUAUGGUAGGAACGCAAUACUUCCAAGCUGAUGACAAGCCGCUUUAUUCAACUGGCCUACGCACAAUGAUUGUAAUGGUUUCAGUGGGAAUCGCAAGCGCCGCUUUCCAAAUCGCCGUAUAUGUGGUACACAAUAGACGAGUU